UUGUAUACGAAUUUGUUCCCUUGGCAACGAUUUCCGGCAGUACUUCACCACUCGACUGACAAAUGGGAAAAAUUCGCAAGUGUAAGCUGGUUAGGUUCAGUCAGAACGUAGGGGUACCCCCCCGGCGGAUGACUUAAAGAUUUCCAGAAAAAGAAAAAAAAAACCAAGAGGGGAAGAAAAUGUUGCACUCGAAGGCGACUGCGGCCCUUCAGAGGCUCAAGGAGAUGGACAGAAAGUACAACGUGAAAUGGAACGAUGGUAAACGAGUGCAGAGCACCGUCAGCACCGAGAGCUCACUGGAGGAGUCCCCCAGGAAGUUCAGGACUUUCGACAUCAAGGAUGACCCACUUCAAAUCGGUGCUGCCCAAAGAGAAAGGACUAAGGUAUCACCAAAGAGUAGAAUGGAAGUAAAGAUUCCAAUCAAUCAGGGAAAAGGAGACGAAUCUUCCACUAGUGACAUAAUAACACUGAAAGAAUCUCCUAAAACGAAAUUAAUACCAAAGAACGACAAAAGUAUUAAAUCAGAGGAAGAGAAGGAGAUAUCAAAGUCUAAAGAAUCGUCGAAAAGCGUUUCCACGCUGGAAACUGGGUCUAAAGCAAAAGUAAAGAAUUCUCACGAAUCCUCUGUGAGCACAAUGCUCUCUGAAAAGUCGAACACCUCGGAGGUGAUCAAAUCCGUGGACGAGUCGUCCACCGGAAGAAGCGACGGGAAGUCGAACGCGCCGGAAGUCACCGAAGCCGAUUCGACAUUGAAUACUGAUAAUAACGAAACGACGAUAGAGGAAGCGAUUAAAACGGUCACAGAGAAGAGUGAAAGCAUCUCUCAGGCGUCUAACGGGAUGGACAAAGACGUUCUUUCUUUGAAAGAGGAGCCAAAGAAUCGGUACGACGAUGACACCUUUGAGGAAGCCUCCAGCUCGAGUGAAUCCGUCAACUCGGCCGUCGAGAGGCUGAACAAACCUUCCGAAGAAGAUACAGUGAUCACAGGCAUAAAACAGAUCAAAAUAACGCCGCACAAACAAGUGGAGAGUCCACCAAAAAUUCCUAUUAACGAGGACAAGUGGUUGAUACAUGAAAGUCCAAAAGAUAAGGAGAUAGUGGAACUGAUUCCUCCGAAAGUGAUGCAGAGUACGAGCGAGUGUGAUAUCGGGCUCGACGAGGAGUUGUCUAACUACGUAAAGAAAACAGAAAACGUGGACGACACGGUGCCGAUCACGCUUCUCAAGUUAUCUAAACUUAUGCCACCGGUGAAAAGACACGCUAGGAGGGGAAAGAGGCACCGGAAGUCGUCGAACGAAAACAUUGAGGCGAAAACGGAGUCACCGGUCCCCUCCGAACACGAGAAGCUGACGGAACGUAAAGAGGCUACAGCUGAUACAGUGGAGCAAGAGGAAUCUCUCAUUGAAAAGAAAGAUGAGGAAUCAUCUUCCCCGAAACUAGAGGAAGACAGAAAUAAGAGCGAUGAAAGAGUAACGGAAUCAAGAAUAGAGUUGGAGAAUCACGAGCCGCGGACGAUAUCCAGCGAGGAGAAAUUUUUAAGGGAAACUCCGAUAAAGUCGGACGUGACCAGCACAUUGAGGAAACUGAACAAGGAUGCCAUAAACGCGAUCGUCAGGAGGCAGAAGAUCCACGGAUCGAGCAACAAGCACAAACAUUGCAAAAAUUGCGGAACAGUCGUAACGCUUCCGACGGCGGAUAAAUCCAGGAACGAAGCCGACGACAGUGACUCGUCCGUAGAAAACAUGAAAACGGUAAACAAGGCAUAG